CCCAGCAUGCUCCUGGGCUGCUCAGCCUGCAGGUUGUGUCUGGGAUAUUUGUCCAAACAGGAGAACAUUCUUGUGAGAAAGACGGUAACAUGGAGCAGCAGUGGUCAGUCUGGGCACUGAUGUUUGCACUCAGUGCAUUAGUGCACUUUGACAUAGUUUUUUUUGCAGAUGCUGAUGGCAAUUUAACAGCGAUUCUUCCCAAACCAGGCCACUGCCCACGCCUUUUGAAUGUUAUCCCAUCACAUAAGGGGUGUGUGUGUGAUGAAGACUGUCCUGCUGACCACAAAUGCUGUGUCUUUGACUGUGGAGCUGUGUGUGUCCCUCCUGCUUUCACCAAGCCAGGAGUGUGCCCUCGCAGGAACUGGGGCUCAGGAAUGUGUGCUGAAUUUUGCUCCAAUGACAGUGACUGCCCCAAUGAUGAGAAGUGCUGCCAUAAUGGAUGUGGACAUGAGUGCAUUGCCCCGUACACAGUGAAGAGGGGUCGCUGCGCUUUUCCCCAGGGAACCCCCAUGUGUGCAGAGUACUGCUAUCAUGACGGUCAGUGCCAAGGAGAGCAGAAGUGCUGCAAGACAACUUGCGGCCACGCCUGCAGCGAGCCCUGCUGAUUGGACAUUAAGGGGACCCAGCUGUAGUUGAUAACAAGACAGGAAAUGUAUCGUGUUCUCUUUUUCAACUCCAUAAAAGCACCAUUUGGAACUAUAUUACAGCAUUGAUUUGCACAAAGUUGAAUGGUUUUGGGAGGAGAGAAAUUUGUCCUCCAGAUAUCGUUAAGAUAUUAUUUUAUGCACCUGUACUUUAAUUACAAAAAUCUCAGUAUUUUACUCUUCAGAAUAAAUACAGUAGUGAAGUAGUUGGCAGGGUGCCAUUCAUAGUCUUCAAAAACCCUACAUCUUAUCUUUUAUAUAUUAUACAAUCUUAUUAUAAUAUCAAUAACAUCUGAGUUUUUUACAGGUUGUGUAUAUGGGUUUUGAUAUAAUAUCUACUAGUAUAAUCCAAAUUGAUGAAACAUGUACUGUACAACUAUACGGCAAUUUUUUGUAUUUCAACCAAUAAACAUGUUUUCAGAACUCA